GAACAACCUGAAAGAAUGACAUACACAGAACAGGCCAAUAAAAGGGCUCAGUGUGGAAGGCUAACAUGCUUUAUUCGUCUUGCUGAUUAUCUUAUAGUAAAUACUAUGCACGUCUUGGCAGUUAAAUCUGUUGCUACUCUCUUGCAUUACCUUACUGAGAAGUUGAAGAAAACACCACUUGCAGACAUUAUCCAAACAUGGAAUACAGAUUUAGAAGCACCUGAAGUUGUGGAAAAGAAGGGAACUUCUUCAGUAAUUGCAGAGGAAGAGGAGGCAUCCAUUCCAAUGUUUCUUGUCGAGCUAAUUUUAGAGAUCCAUGCAUUGCUGUUUGAACCAACUGUAGAAGAGUUCCAGGAUGCUAUGGCAGAUAUUGUGUCUCAGUUUCAGGCAACUGUGUUAUCUGUUGCAAACCUUGUUCCAGAUCAGUAUUUUGAUGCCUUCACUCGUCCUGUUAUUAACAACAAAAUUGAAGAAAAAACAUGUGGUGAAGGACCAAGCUUAUCAACAAUGUUUAAAGAUGAUAAACAUCUUCAAACUAUUAUCCUACAAAUAAAGGAAACAAUUGAUUCAGCAUUUGAAUCAGCAAAUUUAUAUGCAGCUACUUUUGAAAAGUUUCGAUUAUUUUUCAGAGAAAAUGAAAGCCUUGAUUUGCCAGCUCUGAGGAAAGAAGAACCUGAUGUUAAAUUUUUUGCUGAACAACUGGAGAAAUAUCACAGACAACACAAAGAAGCUUUGGCAAUAAAACAAAAGAGAUCAUUAGGUUUGUUCCUCAUAGAUGGUAAAAAGUUGAAAGACAAACUAAUUCCAUCACCAAAGCGCUGUUUGGAGGUUAUUAAUGAGAUGCUUCCUGUCAUUGCAAAGAAAAAAGUGAACACCAUUCUCGUUGAGGCAAAUGAUGCUAAAUUUAAACUUGAGUUUUUGCCAAGUACAACUACUGAAUAUGUGGUUACUUUGACAUUCCUUGAUGAAAUACAAGAUAGGAUUGAAAUUCUUGAAGAUGAAUCAAAAGUGGUUUCUAAGAUGUAUCAGCUUAUUGAACAGUAUGUUAUACCCACACCUCCUGAAGAUUUCGCUUUGUUUUCAAGUUUGAAGCCCUCUAUUGUUGCUGUUCGUAAUGCAAUUGAUAAAUCUGUGGGUGAAAGAGAUGCCAGCAUUAUUAAAUUCUGCCAGCUUCUAGAUGAAGAUGUUCAUGAUCUGAAUGAAGAAGUUAAAGAAGUUAGACUUCUAGCACAGGAUCCUCAGAUUUUGGAUGCAGAUGCUGAUCAAGACAAAGUGAAAGUAAUUCUAAGUGAGUUGCAGGCCAUUCUUGAUGAAAUACAAAAGCGGGCAUUCCAGUAUAAAUCCUAUCAGAAAAACUUCAAGGUGGACAUAACAAAAUUUGAUACCUUGGAGGAAGUUUGUGCAGAGUUGAAGUUGAAACAACUGUUGUGGGACUCUCUUUCUGAAUGGUCAAUACUUGAGGAAGAUUGGAUGGAGUCUAAAUUUGAUAGCUUGGAUCCAGAAUUAUUGAAUGGUCAAGUUUCCAAAUAUGCUAAAUUUGUGAAUCAGCUGGAAAAAGGCUUGCCACCUAAUAAUGUUGUCCCACAACUCAAGGAGAAGGUGGAGAAAAUGAAAGAAAAGCUUCCAGUUAUCACAGAUCUUAGAAAUCCUUUUUUGAAACCUAGACACUGGAUAACUCUGGAACAAAUAGUUGGUGCACCAUUAAUAGACCUGGAAAAUCCAUUAACCUUGGAGCGACUUACUCAGAUCAGUGCUUUUGAAUAUACUCAGGAGAUUCAGGAUGUUUCUGGCCAAGCUUCAGGAGAAGCUUCUCUGGAGAUUAUUCUCAAAAAGGUGGAAGAUGCCUGGAAAACAACAGAAUUCGUUGUAAUUCCUCAUCGUGAUUCAAAAGAUGUUUUCAUCCUUGGUGGCACAGAUGACAUUCAGGUUAUUCUAGAUGAUAGUACUAUUAAUGUAGCAACAAUUGCUUCUUCACGGUACGUAGGCCCUCUCAAGCCACGAGUUGAUGAAUGGCAGAAGCAGCUCUCUUUAUUCAAUCAGACAUUGGAGGAAUGGCUGACAUGUCAGAGGAAUUGGCUCUAUUUAGAAAGCAUUUUCAGUGCUCCUGAUAUUCAAAGACAGUUGCCGGCAGAAGCUAAAAUGUUUUUACAAGUAGAUAAGUCUUGGAAGGAAGUUAUGAGAAAAGUGAAUCGACUGCCUAACGCCCUCCGUGCUGCUACUCAGCCUGGCCUUUUAGAGACCUUUCAGAAUAAUAAUGCUCUUCUUGAUCAGAUUCAGAAAUGUCUGGAGGCCUAUUUGGAAUCCAAGAGAGUCAUUUUCCCAAGGUUCUACUUUUUAUCGAAUGAUGAGCUCUUGGAAAUAUUGGCCCAAACUCGCAAUCCUCAAGCAGUUCAGCCUCAUUUAAGGAAAUGUUUUGAUUCCAUUUCUAAACUGGAGUUUGCCUACAUGGCACCAGCUGAGGGAGAAGAGAAAGUUCUCACAAAUGAUAUUCUAGCAAUGCUGUCCCCCGAAGGUGAAAGGGUUGGCUUGGGAAAAGGACUUAAAGCCAGAGGAAAUGUUGAAGACUGGCUUGGUAAAGUUGAAGAAGCAAUGUUUACUUCCCUUAGACGACUGAGCAAAGCUGCCAUUGCCGAUUAUCAAACUAGAGAAAGAACGGAGUGGGUUGUUUCUGGACAUCCUUCUCAGGUUGUACUGACCAUUUCUCAGCUCAUGUGGUGUCGUGAUCUCACUCAGUGUUUAGAAGGAGAAGAUCAUGAUCAUUUAGUAGCUUUGGAAGAGUUUGAAAAUGAGAAUUUUGAUAGACUAAAUGCAUUGGCUUCACUAGUCCGUGGCAUUCUUCCCAAAAUUCACCGAAAUAUCAUAACGGCACUGAUUACUAUUGAUGUACACGCAAGGGACAUUGUUACAGAACUUGUUAAACAAAAGGUGGAUUCUGUGGACAAUUUUGACUGGCAAAGACAACUGCGCUACUAUUGGGAUCUCGAUUUAGAUAACUGUGUGGCAAGAAUGGCUUUAUCUCAAUAUACCUAUGCCUAUGAAUACUUGGGGGCAUGUCCAAGAUUAGUGAUUACGCCACUCACGGAUCGUUGCUAUCUUUGCCUGAUGGGAGCCUUACAGCUUGACCUAGGGGGAGCUCCGGCUGGACCUGCUGGCACUGGAAAAACAGAGACCACUAAAGAUCUUGCAAAAGCACUUGCCAUCCAGUGUGUGGUGUUCAACUGUUCAGAUGGCUUGGAUUACAAGAUGAUGGGGCGUUUCUUCAGUGGCUUGGCACAGUCUGGAGCAUGGUGCUGCUUUGAUGAAUUCAAUCGAAUUGAUAUUGAAGUUCUGUCUGUUAUUGCCCAACAACUGAUUACGAUAAGGAAUGCUAAAGCAGCAAAGGUCACUCGGUUUAUGUUUGAAGGACGUGAAAUCAAAUUAAUUAUGACUUGUGCCGCUUUUAUUACUAUGAAUCCUGGCUAUGCUGGACGAACUGAGUUACCUGACAAUCUAAAAGCACUCUUCAGGCCAUUUUCUAUGAUGGUUCCAAACUAUGCUUUGAUUGCAGAGGUUAUUCUGUAUUCUGAAGGAUUUGAAUCAAGUAAAAUACUUGCAAGGAAGAUGACUCAGAUGUAUAAACUCUGUAGUGAACAGCUUUCCCAACAAGACCACUAUGAUUUUGGAAUGAGAGCUGUCAAAUCUGUGUUGGUCAUGGCAGGAUCACUAAAAAGAGAGCAUCCAAACCUGAAUGAAGAAGUUGUUUUAAUAAGAGCAUUACGAGAUUCAAAUCUCCCAAAAUUUCUUGCAGAUGAUGCACUUUUGUUCAGUGGAAUUAUAUCUGACCUUUUCCCUGGAGUCAUAAUCCCAGAACAUAAUUAUGGAGUGCUGCAGUCAACAAUAGUAGAUAUCAUUCUUUCCAAAGGAUUGCAGACCGAAGUUACCAUGAUUCGUAAAGUGAUUCAGCUGUACGAAACUAUGCUGGUAAGGCAUGGGGUCAUGCUUGUUGGACCAACAGGAGGUGGAAAAACUACAGUUUACCAAAUUUUGGCAGAUACACUUGGAGCUUUACAUAAAGCAGGUGAGGACUAUCAUUUUUUCCAGCCAGUUAAAACAUAUGUUCUGAAUCCUAAAUCAAUAACUAUGGGUGAGCUAUAUGGUGAAGUUAACAAUUUAACCCUGGAAUGGAAAGAUGGCUUAAUGGCACUUAGUGUGCGAGCUGCUGUGGUCGACACCUCUGAAGAUCAUAAAUGGAUCGUCAGUGAUGGACCUGUGGAUGCACUAUGGAUCGAAAAUCUGAACACGGUUCUAGAUGACAACAAGAUGCUUUGUUUGGCUAACAGUGAAAGAAUCAAACUUACGCCAUCCAUCCAUAUGAUGUUUGAGGUAGAAGACUUAAGAGUUGCUUCACCUGCCACAGUAAGCCGAUGUGGAAUGGUAUACAUUGAUCCAGAGGAAUUGAAGUGGAUGCCCUAUGUAAAAACAUGGAUGGCAGGCCUUGAAGAAAAACUCAAUGAAGAAACAAGAACAUAUUUGUUUGAACUCUUUUCCCGUUACGUUGAAGAUGGUUUAAAAUAUAUUCACAAAAAGUGUUCCCAAGCCAUAAGACAAGUGGACAUCAGUAAAGUUGUUACUCUUUGCUGUUUACUGGAGUCAUUACUUCUUGGAAAAGCAGGACCCAGCAUGAACUUGGAACAAUCACGGUUAAAUUCUCUUGUGUGCCAGACCUUUGUCUUCUGUUAUUUGUGGUCUGUGGGUGGAAAUGUAAUGGAGAACUGUUGGGAUGCUUUUGAUACAUUUGUAAGACAGCAAUUUGAGGAUAACCCUGAUGCCAAGCUCCCAACUUCAGGUGAUUUGUGGAGUGUUUACAUUGAUUAUGAUACAAGGCGCUUGGAUCCUUGGGAGCGAAUUAUACCAACCUUUAAAUACAAAAGGACAGUUCCAUUUUUCGAAAUGCUUGUUCCUACCACUGACACUGUACGCUAUGGCUUUCUAAUGGAAAAAUUGCUAGCUGUCAAACAUUCCGUGCUCUUCACAGGAAUUACUGGAGUUGGCAAGUCUGUAGUUGCAAAGUCACUGCUUAACAAAAUACAAGAUGAAGCCGGCUAUGUUCCUGUUUACUUAAAUUUCUCUGCUCAGACUUCUUCAUCCAGGACACAAGAGAUUAUAGAAUCAAAAUUAGAAAAAAAAAGAAAGAACAUUUUGGGAGCACCAGGGAAAAAAAGAGUGGUCAUUUUUGUGGAUGAUUUAAACAUGCCGAAACUGGAUCGUUAUGGCUCACAGCCCCCUAUUGAACUACUUAGACAGUACCAAGACUUUGGAGGAUUCUAUGACCGAGAUAAGCUGUUUUGGAAGGAAAUCCAUGACGUAACUAUUUGUUCAGCUUGUGCACCUCCUGGUGGUGGACGUAAUCCAGUUACCGCACGUUUCAUAAGACAUUUUGCUAUGCUGUGCCUUCCAACGCCCUCUGAACAUAGCCUUAAACAAAUUUUUCAGGCAAUUCUGAAAGGCUUCCUAGCUGAAUUUGCCCAAGUAGUAAAGCAGUGUGCAAGUAGUAUAGUGGAGGCUGCUGUUGAAAUAUAUCAAAGAAUGAGCAUUGAUCUGCUCCCAACACCAGCAAAAUCUCAUUAUGUAUUUAAUUUACGUGAUUUGUCAAAAUGUGUCCAAGGCAUACUGCAGUGUGAUCCUGUAUCAGUUCGAGACCAGAAUCAGAUAUUUAGACUAUUCUGUCAUGAGUGUCAGAGAAUUUUUCAUGACCGUCUCAUCUGCAAUGAAGAUAAACAAUAUUUUUAUUCUAUGUUAAGCGACAUGGCCAGCAAAUAUUUUGGAGUUUCAACUGACCCAGACUCAUUUGCAUCCAAACCUAUCUUAUUUGGAGAUUACAUUAAGAAUGGCAUUUUUACUUUUGUAAGUUUUAUCAAAGUCAAAUGUCAUUUCAAUUUUCUGCCUAGAAUUGCUCGGAUGAUUCGUCAGGAAAGAGGAAAUUCCCUCCUGGUUGGUGUUGGAGGCACAGGGAAGCAGUCUCUGACUAGACUUGCCUCUCACAUUUGUGGCUAUAAAUGCUUUCAAAUAGAACUAAGUCGUGGCUAUAAUUAUGAUUCUUUUCAUGAAGACCUUAGAAAGCUAUACAAAAUGGCAGGGGUGGAAGACAAAGACAUGGUUUUCCUUUUCACAGACACCCAGAUAGUUGUAGAAGAAUUCCUAGAAGAUAUAAAUAAUAUUUUGAAUUCUGGAGAGGUACCUAAUCUGUUUGAAAAGGAUGAACUGGAGUUUGUCAUGGCAGCUACUCGACCCAAGGCAAAAGAAGUAGGAAUAGCAGAGGGCAACAGAGAUGAGGUAUUUCAGUAUUUCAUUAGUCGAGUCCGACAGAAGCUGCACAUUGUCCUGUGUAUGAGUCCUGUUGGAGAUGCUUUCCGAGCACGGUGCCGAAUGUUUCCCUCCCUUGUGAACUGCUGCACUAUUGACUGGUUUGUGCAGUGGCCAAAAGAAGCACUUCUUUCUGUAUCAAGAACUUUUUUUAUGCAUGUUGAUCUCGGAACUGAUCGAAUGAAAGAGAAACUUUCUGUAAUGUGUGUAGACAUCCAUAUGAGUGUUACAGAGAUGGCAGAGCAGUAUUAUGCAGAGCUCCGGCGACGCUACUAUACAACACCAACUUCCUAUUUAGAGUUAAUCAAUCUUUAUUUGUCCAUGCUUGCUGAAAAAAGGAAGCAACUGGUUUCAGCUCGGGAUCGGGUAAAGAAUGGUUUAUCCAAACUGUUAGAGACAAAUGUACUUGUUGACAAAAUGAAAUUAGAUCUUUCUGCUUUAGAACCAGUUCUCAAGGAGAAAUCAGUGGAUGUUGAGGCCUUGAUGGAAAAAUUAGCAGUCGAUCAAGAAAACGCUGAUCAGGUUCGGCGUGUUGUUCAGGAAGAUGAAGCUGUUGCAAAAGUAAAAGCAGAGGAAACUCAGGCAAUAGCUGAUGAUGCCCAGAGAGAUUUGGAUGAAGCCCUUCCAGCUUUAGAAGCUGCCAACAAAGCCUUAGAUUCUUUAGAUAAGGCAGAUAUUUCUGAAAUCAGAGUUUUCACUAAACCUCCUGAUCUUGUCAUGACAGUGAUGGAAGCUAUUUGUAUUCUUUUAAAUGCAAAGCCUGACUGGGCAACAGCAAAACAACUACUCAGUGAUUCCACUUUCCUGAGGAAGCUUCUAGAAUAUGAUAAAGAAAAUAUAAAGAGCGCGAUAUUAAGUAAGCUUCAGAAAUACAUAAACAAUCCUGAUUUUGUGCCAGAAAAGGUAGAGAAAGUGUCAAAGGCAUGCAAGUCUAUGUGCAUGUGGGUGAGAGCUAUGGAUUUAUACUCUCGCGUUGUAAAGGUGGUCGAGCCAAAAAGGCAAAAGUUACAUGCUGCCCAGGCAGAACUUGAUGCAACUUUAGCUACCCUUCGUGAUAAGCAAAAAAAACUGAGACAGGUAGAGGAACAAAUACAGGAAUUACAAGAUCAAUAUGAAAGAAGUGUGAAUGAAAAAGAAACCCUUGCAAAGACCAUGGCACUGACUCAGGCUCGUCUCAACCGCGCUGGAAGACUUACAGCUGCAUUAGGGGAUGAACAGGUUCGAUGGGAAGAAAGUAUUUUGAAUUUUGAGGCAGAGAUUUCAAAUAUCACUGGAAAUGUAUUCAUAGCUGCUGCUUGUGUAGCCUACUAUGGGGCUUUUACUGCACAUUAUAGACAAUUGUUAAUUGAAUGCUGGAUCAAACAAUGCCAAGAUCUAGACAUUCCUAUUAGUUCUGACUUUAGUCUUAUAAAUAUUUUGGGAGAUCCCUAUGAAAUUCGACAGUGGAAUACUGACGGAUUACCUCGCGAUUAUGUUUCAACUGAAAAUGGCAUUCUAGUUACACGUGGACGGCGCUGGCCACUCAUGAUUGAUCCUCAGGAUCAGGCAAACCGUUGGAUAAGAAACAAAGAAGCAAAAUGUGGUUUAAAAAUAAUUAAGCUCACAGACACUGGUUUCCUGCGUACACUGGAGAAUGCUAUUCGUCUGGGUUUACCUGUGCUUCUAGAAGAGAUUAAAGAAACGCUUGACCCAGCCCUGGAACCUAUUCUUUUGAAACAGACUUUUGUUUCUGGAGGAAGACUGUUAAUUCGCCUUGGAGAUUCAGACAUAGAUUAUGAUAGAAACUUCAAGUUCUACAUGACAACAAAAAUGCCAAAUCCCCACUAUUUACCUGAGGUGUGCAUCAAAGUAACCAUAAUAAAUUUUACUGUUACCCGAUCUGGUCUGGAAGAUCAACUGCUAAGUGAUGUCGUGCGAUUAGAGAGACCAGAGCUAGAGGAGCAAAGAACACAGCUCAUUAUAAGAAUCAAUGCUGAUAAGAAUCAACUGAAAGCAAUUGAAGAUAAAAUUCUAAAAAUGCUUUUUACAUCAGAAGGGAAUAUUCUGGACAAUGAAGAACUCAUCAAUACACUUCAAGACUCAAAGAUUACCUCUGGUGCCAUUAAAAUAAGGCUUGUAGAAGCAGAAACUACAGAAGAAAAGAUAAACGCUGCUCGAGAAAAAUAUCGCCCUGUUGCUACUCGAGGAUCAGUUAUGUAUUUUGUAAUUGCAAGUCUUUCCGAUAUUGAUCCAAUGUAUCAGUUUUCUUUAAAAUAUUUCAAACAGCUAUUUAAUGCAACAAUUGAAACUUCUGAAAAACAUGAUCUUCUGCAAUUGCGAUUAGGAAUCCUACUUAGUCAGACUCUCUAUGCAACUUACACUAAUGUUUCCCGAGGCCUCUUUGAACAGCACAAACUCAUCUACAGCUUCAUGCUGUGCAUUGAAAUCAUGCGGCAGAAAGAAGAACUUACAGACCUUGAAUGGAAUUUUUUCCUGCGUGGAGCUGCUGGUUUGGAUAAGGAGAGGCCUGCCAAACCUCAGAUUCCAUGGCUGGAAGAAAAUACGUGGUUUAUGUGCUGUGACUUAGAAGAAACACUUCCAAGUUUUGAGGGCAUUCAAAAAGACAUAUUGCUCAAGCCCAUUUUCAUUAAACUAGGGCAACUUGAUAUUCGUAUCAAUCCAGAAGAGUGGGAAGGCUAUAAGGCUGAAGCUGAUGAAAAGAAAAAAAAAGAUGACAAGCCAUACAUUCCCUGGGAUUUUAGGCUGACCAUGUUUCAGAAAUUAAUUAUAGUGAAAUGUUUUGUGGAAGAGAAGAUUGUGUCAGCACUUACCGAGUUUGUAAUCGAGAACCUUGGGAAGCAAUUCAUUGAGAAUCCUCCAGUUGAUCUGGCAACUCUUUACCAAGAUAUGUCUCCUGCCACACCGCUGGUGUUCAUCUUAAGUACAGGCUCCGACCCCAUGGGGGCUUUCCAAAGAUUUGCAAAAGAGCGAGAUUAUUCAGAACGAGUGCAAUCAAUCUCAUUAGGACAAGGACAAGGACCUAUUGCUGAAAGAAUGAUUAAGGAUGCACUGAGAACAGGAAAUUGGGUAUUUCUUCAGAAUUGCCAUUUAGCUGUGUCAUGGAUGUUACCAAUGGAAGAACUCAUUAAAACAUUUACAGAGCCAGGUGCCACUAUCCAUGAAAACUUUCGACUCUAUUUGAGUUCCAUGCCAUGUACUACUUUCCCUGUUACUGUCCUUCAGAAUUCUGUCAAGGUAACAAACGAACCCCCUAAAGGUCUACGGGCAAACAUCAGAAGAGCCUUCACAGAAAUGACUCCCACGUUUUUUGAGGAAAAUAUAUUGGGCAAAAUCUGGAGAAAAAUCAUUUUUGGUAUUUGCUUUUUUCAUGCAAUUAUUCAGGAAAGGAAAAAAUUUGGACCCCUUGGUUGGAACAUAUGUUAUGAAUUUAAUGACAGUGACAGAGAAUGUGCCUUAUUAAACCUCAAUCUUUAUUGCCAAGAAGGAAAAAUACCCUGGGAUGCUCUCACAUAUAUAACAGGGGAGAUUACAUAUGGAGGACGAGUUACAGAUGCUUGGGAUCAAAGGUGUCUUCGCACAAUCCUAAAGAGGUUUUUUUCUCCUGAAACUUUAGAAGAAGAGUAUAAAUAUUCUGAAUCAGGAAUAUAUUUUGCCCCUGUGGCUGACAGUUUGCAAAACUUCAAGGAUUAUAUUGAAAACCUUCCUUUGAUUGAUGACCCAGAAAUAUUUGGAAUGCAUGAAAAUGCCAAUUUAGCAUUCCAGCGAAAGGAAACUAAUACUCUGAUUACUACAAUACUUGAUGUACAGCCACGAACAACAGCCCAGGGAUCAGGAAAAAGCAAUGAUGAGAUUGUGCAUGAACUUGCUAGUUCAAUCCUUGCUAAAAUUCCUGAUAAGAUGGACAUGGAUCUUGCUGCAGAGAUACUUUUUGUGAAGGAUAGCAAAGGUCGAACAGAUUCUCUAACGACGGUUCUUGGGCAAGAAGUAGAUCGUUUUAAUGGUCUUCUCAGUCUGCUAAGGAACUCUCUACAAACACUCAACAAAGCCAUUGCAGGGUUUGUAGUAAUGUCCGAAGAAAUGGAGAGAGUGUACCACAGCUUUCUUAAUAAUCAGGUUCCAGGCCUCUGGGCCAACGCCGCAUAUCCAUCUCUGAAACCUUUGGGGGGCUGGGUGAAAGACCUUGUACUCAGGACAAGCUUCAUAGAUUUCUGGCUCAAAAGAGGUCAACCUAAAUCAUUUUGGAUUUCUGGUUUCUUUUUUCCACAAGGAUUUUUGACUGGAACUCUUCAGAAUCAUGCUCGGAAAUAUAACUUACCAAUUGAUGAGCUUAGUUUUAGUUACAACGUCAUUCCUGUCUAUAGAGACCAAACACAAGUAUCAGAAGCUUCGAAAUUGUGCCACUUUGGCAAUGAAUUACCAAUGGAUGAAAAGUUGCCUUCUCCUGAGGAUGGGGUGCUGGUUCAUGGCAUGUUUAUGGAUGCCAGUCGCUGGGAUGAUGAUGAAAUGGUUAUAGAAGAUGCGUUACCUCGACAAAUGAACCCAAUGCUUCCAGUAAUUCAUUUUGAGCCGCAUCAAAGUUAUGAGCCCCACCCCUCACUGUAUCAUGCGCCCCUCUACAAAACUGGAGCUAGAGCAGGAACUCUGUCCACCACGGGUCAUUCUACCAAUUUUGUGGUUACUGUCUUGCUUCCUUCAAAAAGGCCAACCGACUAUUGGAUAUCCAAAGGAUCUGCAUUACUUUGCCAGUUAAAUGAAUAA